CGGGGGUGGGGUGGAGGGCCACUCUGGUGGCGGAGGUGUAGGCGAGAGCUGAGGUCUAGGGAAGCCGAGGGUAAAGGAGAGUCUUGUGAGUGGAAGGAGAGCUGAGAACUUUGAUACCCGAGGGUGUUGUGAAGGUGUGGGAGGCCAUUCGGGAAGAAUGCUGUAGUUCUUAACUACCCGGGGCCCCAUAUUCUUCCCCAGAAAAGGUUAAGAAGUUCCUACAAGAGUUUUACCAGGAUGAGGAAUUUGGGAAGAAGCAGUUCAAGUAUGGGAACCAGUUGGUUCAACUGGCUCAUCGGGAACAAGUGGCAAUGUAUGUGGACCUGGAUGACGUAGCUGAGGAUGACCCUGAGCUUGUGGACUCAAUUUGUGAGAAUGCCAAGCGCUAUGCGAGGAUAUUUGCCGAUGCUGUACAAGAGCUGCUACCCCAGUACAAGGAAAGGGAGGUGGUAAAUAAAGAUGUCUUGGAUGUUUACAUUGAGCACAGACUGAUGAUGGAGCAGCGGAGCCGGGAUCCUGGGGCUAUCCGAAACCCCCAGAACCAAUACCCUCCUGAGCUCAUGCGUAGAUUUGAGCUGUAUUUUCAAGGUCCAAGCAGCAAUAAACCUCGUGUGAUCCGAGAAGUACGGGCCGACUCUGUGGGGAAAUUGGUAACUGUUCGUGGAAUUGUCACUCGUGUUUCUGAAGUCAAACCCAGGAUGGUGGUCGCCACUUACACUUGUGAUCAGUGUGGGGCAGAGACCUAUCAGCCGAUCCAGUCCCCAACUUUCAUGCCUUUGAUCAUGUGCCCAAGCCAGGAGUGCCAGACCAACCGCUCAGGAGGGCGGCUGUAUCUGCAGACCCGUGGCUCCAAAUUUAUCAAAUUCCAGGAGAUGAAGAUGCAAGAACAUAGUGACCAAGUGCCUGUGGGAAACAUCCCUCGUGGCAUCACAGUGCUAGUGGAAGGAGAGAAUACAAGGAUUGCCCAGCCUGGAGAUCACGUCAGUGUCACUGGUAUUUUCUUACCAGUCUUGCGCUCCGGGUUCCGACAGGUGGUACAGGGUUUACUCUCAGAAACUUACUUGGAAGCCCAUCGAAUUGUGAAGAUGAAUAAGAGUGAGGAUGAUGAGGCUGGGGCCGGAGAGCUGAGCAGGGAGGAGCUAAAGCAGAUUGCAGAGGAGGAUUUCUAUGAAAAGCUGGCUGCUUCAAUUGCCCCAGAGAUAUAUGGGCAUGAGGAUGUGAAGAAAGCACUGUUGUUGCUUCUUGUUGGUGGCGUUGACCAGUCUCCUCGAGGCAUGAAAAUCAGGGGUAACAUCAACAUCUGCCUGAUGGGGGAUCCUGGUGUAGCCAAGUCUCAGCUCUUAUCUUACAUUGAUCGUCUGGCACCCCGCAGCCAGUACACAACAGGCCGGGGCUCCUCUGGAGUGGGGCUAACAGCAGCUGUGCUGAGAGACAGUGUGAGCGGAGAAUUCACCUUGGAGGGUGGAGCCCUUGUGCUGGCUGACCAGGGCGUGUGCUGCAUUGACGAAUUUGACAAGAUGGCUGAGGCUGAUCGCACAGCCAUCCAUGAGGUCAUGGAGCAGCAGACCAUCUCCAUUGCCAAGGCGGGCAUUCUUACUACACUCAAUGCCCGCUGCUCUAUCCUGGCUGCCGCCAACCCUGCCUAUGGGCGCUAUAAUCCCCGCCGAAGCCUGGAGCAGAACAUACAGCUUCCUGCUGCACUGCUAUCCCGAUUUGACCUCCUCUGGCUGAUCCAGGACCGGCCUGACAGAGACAAUGACCUCCGGUUGGCCCAGCACAUCACCUAUGUGCACCAGCACAGCCGGCAGCCCCCUUCCCAGUUCGAACCUUUGGACAUGAAGCUUAUGAGACGGUACAUAGCUAUGUGCAGAGAGAAGCAGCCCACAGUGCCCGAGUCUCUGGCUGACUAUAUCACAGCAGCAUAUGUGGAGAUGAGGCGAGAGGCUUGGGCCAGUAAGGAUGCCACCUAUACAUCUGCUCGGACUCUGCUGGCUAUUCUCCGACUUUCUACUGCUCUGGCACGCCUGAGAAUGGUGGACACAGUGGAGAAGGAAGAUGUGAAUGAAGCCAUACGGCUAAUGGAGAUGUCAAAGGACUCACUUCUAGGCGACAAGGGGCAAACAACUAGGACCCAGAGGCCAGCAGAUGUGAUAUUUGCCACUAUCCGUGAAUUGGUCUCAGGGGGCCGAAGUGUCCGGUUUUCUGAGGCAGAGCAGCGCUGCAUUUCACGUGGUUUCACACCUGCCCAAUUCCAGGCGGCUCUGGAUGAGUAUGAGGAGUUGAAUGUCUGGCAGGUCAAUACCUCCCGGACAAAGAUCACCUUUGUAUAACUGCUAUCUGCCUGAGACAUUGGGCCCCACCCAGGAUUAUGCUGACCUGCUUGCUCUUCUGAAAAUGCAAUGACGCCCUGGAAGGGAAGGAGACCCCUUCUUCCCAUUGAUGCACUUGUUUUAUUCCUUUUGCCAAUAAAGUGUUGUCACCUUUUAGUUUAGGCCUAAUUUCCGUUAAAACACAACAUUGUGGGAUUUUCAAAUUUAUAUCCCAUUCACAUUUAUGCUUGUUCUAUUCUAUUCAUCUGAUAAAUCAUGUAAGGUACCUGUUUAUCUGCCAGGCAUAAGAAUCCAGCAAGAGUGUCUUCACUACCAUAUGGAGAUUCUUGGAGCUGGGUCACCAUUCCUCUCCUACUUAGUCUCUCAAUACUUAACUGGAUCUUGUUGUGUGCCAGUCUGACCUUGAGAAUAUAGUAGUACCAUGGGAAACGGGACUUACUGACCCAGUUCUUUGAUUUCUUGAAAUGUUCCUACCAUUCAUCCUUAGUCCUCAACUCUACCUAAAACUAUUUAAGGGUAACAUUUACAAACUUAACACUUGGCACAAGCAAUUACAUAAUGUUGAUUCCAGUCUUUAGACCCUUUCCUGAAUCUCAUCUUCUCAAUGUGGAUACUAACUAGUCCCUCUGCCUCAUGGGGUUGAGGCACCAUGUGGAUGAAACACAAAUUGAAAAAGCGCUCCUUCCUGGUAAUUCAUCAUUCACAGAGGAUUCAAGUUUUGAGUUGUCCAUAAUAAAUGUUUUUAAUGGCCUUCCCUCCCUUUUUUGUGAAAAGUACUUUCAGUAAAACUUAGCUUGGGAAAGGAGUCACUUGUCAUGUUUAUAGGGUUGGCCUAUAUAAGUUGAUGUCCUAGGAGACCACUCAGAUGGAAGAAGGCAGCCUUAAUAUAAAUCUAGUCUACCUAACAGAACUAAGGAGAAUCUUAAGUAGCAGUGAACUCAGUCACUGAAGGGAGUCAAGAAGAGCUGAUAAUAAAAUGCAUCGCCUCUAAGCAGGACCUCCUGUGAGACCCAAGGUAGAAACCAGUGUGGUGCCUAACAGAGGACAAAGCCACUGGAAGGG